CUCUGCCUCUACCUCGUGUGUGUUUCUGUGUUGACAUUUGAUUGUCCGGGUAAAAUCGCAAUGAGUGUGUUGAAGAUAUGCACAAAAUCCUUUGCCGCGUCCCUUGGAAGACAGUCGGAACGCAGUGUAAAGAAGAUAUAUCGAAUUUCGUCGUCAUUCAGGACAUUUUCAACAGAGGGAAAAUUGGAGUAUGACUUGGUUGUCAUCGGCGGCGGCUCAGGCGGACUCGCCUGUGCGAAGGAAGCAGUUGCUCAGGGUGCGAGGGUGGCUGUGCUGGACUACGUGCAACCAUCGCCCCGCAGCACCAAAUGGGGUCUCGGGGGCACUUGCGUCAACGUUGGAUGCAUUCCGAAGAAACUGAUGCAUCACGCGUCGUUGCUUGGCGAGGCAAUCGAGGAUGCUCGUUCCUUCGGCUGGAGAAUUCCCGGAAAUGCAGAAAUCGACUGGCUGGCCAUGAGGGACGCUGUCCAGGACCAUAUCAAGUCGGUGAAUUGGGUCACGAGGGUGUCUCUGCGGGACAACAAAAUUGAGUAUGUCAACGGUCGGGGACGCUUGGCAGACGCAAAUACGGUUGUCGCCACUCUGCACAAUAUGAAAGAAGUUUUGCUCAAAACCAAAAACGUGGUGGUUGCCGUUGGUGCCAGACCGAAAUACUCGACUGCAAUUGGUGCUCAGGAACUCGGAAUCAGCAGCGAUGAUAUUUUCAGCCUCGAGAAACCCCCAGGGAAGACUCUGGUCGUCGGAGGAGGAUAUAUUGGUCUGGAGUGCGCCGGCUUCUUGAACGGCUUUGGUUACCCUUCGACAGUGAUGCUGAGGUCAGUGCCCCUACGAGGCUUUGACCAACAAAUGGCCUCCAUGGUGGUCAACGAAAUGGAAGGCCGAGGGGUCAACUUCAUUUGCAAGUGCGUGCCCGAAUCGUUGAGCAAGACGCCGGACAGACGGAUUUUGGUCAAGUGGAACACGACACCUGGCGCCAAUGGUGGCUCCGGACAAGGAGAGGACGUCUUUGACACGGUUUUGUUCGCUGUUGGACGCAAAGCAGUCACAGACUCACUCGCUCUAGAAAAGGCCGGCGUCGAAACGCAUAAAGAAACGGGAAAAAUCUUUACCACCAAUGAACAAACCAACGUGCCAAAUAUUUUCGCUGUUGGAGAUGUCUUACAUAGGAAACCAGAACUGACGCCGGUAGCAGUGCAGGCGGGCCGACUGCUGGCCAGGCGGAUGUUCGGCAACGACAAAACUCUGAUGGACUACGAUAACGUUGCUACCACUGUUUUUACUCCCCUCGAAUAUGGCUUCGUAGGAUUAAGCGAAGAAGAGUCUGAAAAGAGACAUGGACCAGAGAAUCUAGAGGUUUACCACGCGUUUUACAAGCCGACGGAAUUCCCGAUUCCGCAAAAAGACAUGUCCAAUUGCUACAUUAAAGUGAUUUGCCUUCGAAGAGAACCGAGGACCGUGCUAGGAAUGCAUUUCGUCGGUCCAAACGCCGGCGAGGUAAUCCAGGGUUUUUCUGCUGCCAUGAAGUGCAGGAUCACCAUGGAGCAGCUGCUGGACACGAUUGGCAUUCACCCCACGGUUGCGGAGGAGUUCACAAGACUGACUAUUACCAAGAGAUCCGGAAUGGACCCAAACCCUCAGGCAUGUUGCAGUUAGUUAGUUGUUUUAUGUUCCUUAAAGCAAAGGCUGGAUACUUUGUUGAAUUUCAAAUAAAAUAAAUCUCAAGUCUGAA